AUUAAUAUUCUUAAUAAUGCAAUUUUAUUCUUCUCUCUUUUCAGUGUUCAAUGACACAUUUCAAUACACCUCAGCUCUCACUUCUCUCACUAAUCUCUAUCUGCCUCCACCUCAACCUCCAUAUUACCUCUUAUCUUUCUGUUUCAACAAUUUUUAGUCUAAUUGAUGUCCUGCAAUGGUAUGGCCUCAUCAUCCUCUUCCUUCUUCUCCUCAAAUUUUGUGUUACCAAUGCAAACCCUUCAUGAAGAACAGCACCAAAUUCCCAACCCCGUUAGUCCGCAUCCUCACACCAUCCCAUGCAAUAAUCUCCAAGACCUCAGAGUCAUGGCUCCAAUGCUUGGGAAGAGAUCCAUGUCCUUCUCGGGGAUCGAGAAUGGUGAAGAGAUGAAUGCCGACGAUGACUUGUCGGAUGAUGGCAUGCAGACAGGCGAGAAGAAGAGGAGGCUCAAGAUGGAGCAGGUGAGGACACUGGAGAAGAGCUUCGAGCAGGGGAACAAGCUGGAGCCUGAGAGAAAGAUGCAGCUGGCAGGAGCACUUGGGCUGCAACCAAGGCAGGUAGCCAUUUGGUUCCAGAACAGGAGGGCCAGGUGGAAGACCAAACAACUGGAGAAGGAUUAUGAUGUUCUGAAGAGGCAGUUUGAGGCCAUGAAAUCAGAAAAUGAGAGCUUGCAUGAACAGAACAAGAAGCUCCAAGCUGAGAUCUUGUCUCUGAAAAGAAGAGAGACAUCAGAGAUGAUCAACCUCAACAAGGAGACUGAAGGUUCAAGCAGCAAUAGAAGUGAGAACAGCUCUGAGAUCAACUUGGAUCUCUCGAGAGCAUCAGUCACAGAGAGCCCGUUGAAUCCCAACCAAAGCCUGCCCUUCUUUCACUCAGUUAGACCAGCUGAUGUUGACCACCUCCUCCUCCAUAGUUCUUCAAGGCCAGAGCUGCAAUGCCCCAAAAUAGACCAUGGCGUCACGGAAGGAAGCUUUAGCAACUUGUUGUGCAGCAUGGAAGACCAAUCUGCCUCCUUCUGGUCAUGGUCAGAUCAACACAACUUCCAUUAGUCUCUCUGUUUGAUCCAUCUCAGUGGCGAUGUAACAAGAUUUUGCUGCAUUAGCAGCACUUGAACUCUACUAUAUAGAUAUAUAUGGUUGUCAAAUUUUCAGAA